CCUCGUCAGAAGGGGCCGAAAAGGCUGCCCGGGGGAGGGGAAGGGGAAGGGCAGGUGAGGCGGCAGCUGAGCCUUUUCCAGCUUCUCGUUUUCUUGUCGUGGAGGAGCUCUCGUGGCGCACGAUGGAGGCUGAGUUGAGUGUCUCUUUGUUGAUUGCUGGGGUGGUGGUGGUUGCAUCUACCCUACUGUUGCUUUUCAGAGCAAUGGGAUCUAAAAUGAAGAAAGAUCCAGUGACCUUACAAGAUCCAAAUGUGAAAUAUCCAUUGCCUUUGAUUGAAAGAAAGGAGAUCAGCCAUGAUACCAGGAGAUUUAGGUUUGGGCUUCCAUCAUCAGAACAUAUACUGGGCUUGCCUGUAGGCCAACAUGUGUAUCUUUCUGCCAAAGUUGCUGGAAACCUUGUGAUCCGGGCCUACACUCCAGUUUCCAGUGAUGAAGUGAAAGGCUAUGUUGAUUUAAUCAUAAAGGUUUACUACAAAAACACUCACCCCAAGUUUCCAGAAGGUGGAAAAAUGUCACAGCAUUUAGACAGUAUGAAGAUUGGUGAUGUCACUGACUUCAGAGGACCUAAUGGGCUUCUGGUAUACAAGGGGUCAGGUAAAUUUGCCAUCAAGCCGGAUAAGAAAUCUGAAGCAAGGAUAAAGUUUGCAAAACAUCUUGGAAUGAUCGCUGGAGGAACAGGGAUUACUCCAAUGCUGCAGCUGAUCCGUCAUAUCACAAAGGAUCCCAAAGAUAACACAAUGUGUUCCCUCCUUUUUGCUAACCAGACAGAACAAGAUAUAUUAUUAAGAGCAGAGCUUGAAGAUGCAGCUAUAAAUCAUCCGGACCAGUUUAAACUGUGGUACACGUUGGACAGACCACCUCAAGGAUGGAAAUAUAGUUCUGGUUUUGUUACUGUGGACAUGAUAAAGGAGCAUCUCCCUCCCCCUGGCAAUGAGACUCUGAUUCUGAUGUGUGGACCUCCACCUAUGAUUCAGUUUGCCUGUCAGCCAAAUCUUGAAAAGCUAGGGUAUGCUAAAGAAAGUGUGUUUGCUUACUAAACUCAAAGCUGCAUCAUGUUCAGAUGCUGAGAAUUGUUGUGAAGAGCCUUUUGUGUCAAAGUAAGGAAUGUUGGUAUCACAUUUUUAUAUUAAUUGGGUAGAUAAGACAUACUUCCAUAUGAUUUUUCUGCUCCCUGCUCCGUUCGUUUCAAAAGCAGUUUAUGCUUUGCAUUUUUGUCAGCACAGCUCACAAGUAAGCCCUGUUCAAUUCAAUGACAUUUAUUCCUAUCUAAGCCCUGUUCAGGUACUAGAAUAUAUGGUUUACCUGACAUGCAAGAAGAGCAGUGCUGACCUUUCCCCUUCCAUUACUUUACAUAAUAACUGAGUGUGAAGAAGGUUUUCAUCCAGCUAAUUGCAGUUUUUGUUAAAUUUGGGGGCUAUUUUAUAAAGACUUUAAAUCUGAAUGAAAUUUGAAAUCAUUUUG